AUGCAGCUGCAACGAGAUAAUACCAAAGGAUUGAUUCAAGAGACAUUCCAAAGUUAUAAGGCAUUGUUGGAAAACAGAAAGGAUGAAUUACUAAAAGAAUUAGAAGAAAUACAUAAUGCACAGCAACUUUCUAUCAUUGAAAUGUGCCAUAAUGUGGAAAAAACUAUAGAGAAGAUUGAAGAUGGCUGUAAAUUCACAGAAAGAAUUCUAAAAAAUGGAAAUAGUAUCCAAAUAUUAAUGUUAAAGAAGCUGAUUGCCAAUCAGCUGCUUUCUCUUAAUAGUACUCCUAAACCAGAAGUGAAUACGACAAUAGAAUUCAAGACAGAUGAUGUUGUCUUUGCAGAAGCUGUUAGGAAGACUUUUGGGACAACCACAUUGAAAAGAGAUGAUCAAAAGGUUGAUCCUGUCAUGUCUUCACUUCAUUCGUCUUUUGAGAAUGAGGGAUUUAGUUUACCGCCUGGAGUUCUCAGUCCUGAUUUACCACAAGUAUCUGCCACUGACCUUUCCAAUUUGCAAACUGUAACCCCUGUACCAAUAACUGGUUGUGGGUCUCUUGUUAACCCCUUGCGUGUUUCUUCUGACUCUUCUCCUAUUGGGAUUGCUAUCACUGGAGCCCAUAAUAUUCCAGAAAAUAGUUUGUCACGCAGCUCACACAGUCCUGCUAUGUCUGACAGUGGAAUUUCUGUUGAUGCAGCCAGUACAAACAGUGCACCAAGUGCUCCUUUGUUUAACCUAACAAAUCUGGCAAAAUUGGGUAAUAGCACAUUUAAUGGUCAAGGUUCAUUGGCUUUAAAUGAGCAUAUUGUUCCUGUAUUAAGCAUGAGUAGCAUUAAUGGACAAACUAGACCAGGCAGCAGAACUGAGACUCCAGUGUCUCAAACUGACUCUAAUUUUCCUAGUAUCCUUAGUCCAACUGCUGCAACAUCACCCGUUCAAUCAACAAAUUUUGACACGUUGGUAGGACUCUUUAACCAAAUUCCACAAAAUAAUGUGAUGACCAAUCUUGGAAAUCUGAGUGGUCUUGGCAGCCUUAGUGUUAUAAAUUCUCUCAGCAGUGUAAACUCCAUAACCACAUCAGAUUCUGAACUUGACUUGGUAACUGGAGGGAGCCUGUCAAAUACAUCAAGUGUUUCAAAUACCUCUUUUUCAUCAAAUGCUCCUCCACCAUAUCCUCCUGUACGCAGGAGUAAUAAGAUGAGUCCUAUGCAGAUCAGGUGUAAGUUUGGUCAGUUGGGCCCUGGAAAAGGACAGUUCAAUUCUCCUCAUGGAUUUUGUCUUGGAAUAGAAGAAGAUAUUAUUGUGGCAGAUACUAACAAUCACCGUAUCCAGGUUUUUGAAAAGAAUGGAGACUUCAAAUACCAGUUUGGUGUACCUGGGAGAGAAGAGGGCCAGUUAUGGUAUCCACGAAAAGUUGCUGUAAUGAGAAAUUCUGGAAAGUAUGUUGUCUGUGACCGGGGAAAUGAACGAUCACGCAUGCAGAUUUUUACAAAAAAUGGGCACUUCAUAAAAAAAAUUGCUAUCCGCUAUAUUGAUAUAGUUGCUGGUUUGGCCAUUACUCAACAAGGUCACAUUGUUGCAGUUGACAGUGUUUCUCCAACUGUUUUCUGUAUUGCGGAAACAGGAGAUCUUAUUAAAUGCAUCACUAAGUGCUUACAUUUUUUCUUUCAACCCCCCCCUCUUUUUGCUUUAUUUCCCCAUUCCUUCUCCUUGGAGUAUUAA